AUGAGAACGCCUCAUGGAGCGCUCCUCUUGCUCUUCAUCCUGGCGUGCCUCCGCGGUGCGUACUCCGGUGGCGGCCGGAGCCGCUUCACCUCCAUAAUCAGCUUCGGGGACUCGUACGCCGACACAGGUAACUUGGUCAUGUGGGCUGAUCCCGUCCUUCCGGCUCUACCACUCAAGAACCUCCCCUAUGGCGAGACCUUCUUCGGCCACCCCACCGGACGAGCCACCGAUGGCCGACUGGUCCUGGACUUCAUCGCCGAUGCUUUGGGUCUGCCUUCCGUGCCGCCGUACCUCGCAAAGGCGAACAACUUCUCCGCCGGAGUAAACUUCGCCGUGGUAGGAGCGCCGGCUCUGAACCUGACAUACCUGCAGGGACUGAACUUGACCGUGAACCCUCCCAUCAACAGCUCCCUCCACGAUCAGCUCGUGUGGUUCCAGAAACUCAAGCCUUCCCUCUGCAAGGGACAAGGUACUGAUUGCUUUGGAAGCUCCCUGUUUGUCAUGGGAGAGUUUGGAGGAAAUGACUACAUAAGUUUCCUUCUGUCGAACAAAACUGUUGAACAAGCCAGACCUUAUGUUCCUCAAAUUGUCGACAGCAUUUCCAGAGGGGUAGAGGUACUAUGCUGUGCACAGGAUGGUUCAAAAGUCCAUUCUUCCUUUAAUUCCCACAAUUUACUACUCCAUCGACCUGUGUUUCCUUUUAAAUUUUUGUAUUCCGCAACGCAAGACUUCUUUGCCUUAUCCAUACACUGGCUGCGUCACGCCGACCCUUAA